UCUCUCUCUCUCUACAAAUUCACGUAUCUCUAUAUGGUUUCUGCCUCUUUCCCUCUUCUUCUCGUUUUCAUCCAUUCCUAGGGCUCUUAAGACUCUGAACCCAAUACCCAGUGAGAGCAAAGUUUGAAAUUUUCUGCUCCCCUCUUGGACAAAUACCAAGGGUUGAGUUGGGAGAUUGAGUUUUGAGGUCGAUGGCCGGUGGAUCAGAUGUGGCCGAGGCUACGCUGUCUUGUGCUCAAUGCGGCAAACCAGCGCAUCUUCAGUGUCCGAAAUGUGUGGAAUUAAAGCUUCCUCGUGAAGAUGGUGCAUUCUGCACUCAAGAGUGCUUCAAAGCAUCGUGGAGUUCACACAAAUCAGUUCAUUUGAAGGCAAAGUUGUCUACCCUCGGGACAGCUGAACCCCUUGGUAAUGGUUGGCAAUAUUGUCUGAAGAAAGGAGAGCGUCGAACACCAAAACUUCCCCAUUUUGAUUGGACAGGGACGCUAAGGCCAUACCCCAUAUCUGGUAUGCGUACUGUACCUUCUCAUAUCGAUCAACCUGAUUGGGCAGUUGAUGGUAUCCCUAAAAUUGAGCCCAACAGUGACCUUCAGCACGUUGUUGAGAUCAAAAGUCCUGAGCAGAUUGAGAGGAUGAGAGAGACCUGUCGAAUUGCCAGGGAAGUUUUGGAUGCAGCUGCUCGCGUUAUUAGACCUGGUGUUACAACAGAUGAAAUUGAUCGAGUUGUCCAUGACGCAACUAUUGCUGCAGGAGCAUAUCCAUCUCCUCUAAAUUAUCACUUCUUUCCCAAGUCGUGCUGCACGUCCGUUAAUGAAGUAAUUUGCCAUGGAAUUCCAGAUGCCAGGAAACUCGAGGAUGGUGAUAUUGUGAAUGUUGAUAUUACUGUGUAUUACAAAGGUGUCCAUGGUGAUCUAAACGAAACAUUCUUUGUGGGAAACGUGGAUGAAACAUCCAAGCAGCUAGUGCAAUGUACUUAUGAAUGCCUGGAAAAAGCAAUAUCCAUAGUGAAACCUGGUGUUCGUUUUCGUGAAAUUGGAGAAGUCAUCAAUCGUCAUUCCUCUAUGUCAGGCUUCUCUGUGGUGAAAUCAUAUUGUGGUCAUGGUAUUGGAGAGCUCUUUCAUUGUGCGCCAAAUAUUCCUCAUUAUGGAAGAAAUAAAGCUGUUGGAGUGAUGAAGGCUGGACAGACAUUUACUAUCGAACCGAUGAUUAAUGCUGGAGUUUGGCGUGAUAGAAUGUGGCCUGAUGGAUGGACUGCUGUUACAGCUGAUGGCAAACAAAGCGCCCAGUUUGAGCAUACUCUCUUGGUGACCGAGAGUGGAGUAGAGGUGCUCACGGCAAGGUUGCCCUCGUCUCCUGAUGUGUUUCCCUGGCUCAAGCCAUGACUUACUGGAGGUGAAUGACAACCGCCAUCAACUGCGGAGCUUUUGCGGUCAAAGAUUUUCAAUGUGAAGCGUCAGAACCAGAUUGAGAUUGGCGCUUGUUUUCCCAGAGGACAUCUUGACAACUUAC